AUGGGACUAGCGAAGAACUGGCUUUUGCUGAGCCUUCUGCUGGUGAUCUGGAUGCCCCUGGGGAGGGGUAAGGUCUACCCGAGGGACAUUUACCGAAGGACCCCGAAAUUUCGAAGAGCCUGGAUGGGGGUGGAAUCGAACACGGGCCCGAAUUUCGGGGGCUGGCUGCUGAGGAUCCUGAACAGCGACGGGAACUUCGCCUGCGGGGGAGCCUAUUAUGCUCCUUUGCUCGUGAUCACCUCGGCCAAUUGCAUAUAUCCCUAUCGGAACAGCCUCGAAGGGGCCACGGUGGAGGGCACUGCGUUCUCGAAGUGCGAUGACGAGAAUGUCGCUGAAAUCGAUACCAUCCAGUUUCCCGAGAGAUUCAUAUACCGUAAACUCUACAUGGACGUGGCCGUUGUGCGGCUGAAGGAGCCCAUUAAGGGGCGACUCACCGAGUUCAUCAGGCUGUGCACUGUCAAAGUGCAGCCCAGAAUGCGAAUGGUGGUCUUUGGCUGGGGCUACGACAGUCUGGAGGUGCAGAAACCCUCUUCGGAUCCAAGGAACUCCUCAGUCUCCGUCAUAUCGUUGAAAGAGUGCCGAAAGAGCUUCGGAAAGAGCUUGAGGCUAUCGAGCACUUCGGUGUGUGUUAGACAGCCCAAGAAUCCAAGGCAAUGUCUCUACGACGGUGGCGGUCCCAUGAUUUACAAAAGGGAACUCUGCGGCGUCGUAUCCAUCGGAUCGCAGUGCCAGAACACCUCAUAUCCUGGCAUGUUCACCAACAUCAAAAGGGUGGCACGUUUCAUUAGGGAAACGGAGGAAGGCAUUAAAGCCGGCUAUAUCUUCAGAGCCCCCAAGGUCCGGCAAAAAACACCUGCAAAGGUGAUAAGAAGUCCCGCCACAUCAGAAAUAAACACAACCGAACUGAAAUAUGAGGCUAAGACAACCACAAUAGAUCCACUGGAAGCGAUGGUGUGCAAUUAAAUGCUUAUUACAUAAAGAAUAUUAUUAAUGAUUUUCUUUAAAAUGGCUUAAUAAAUUGGAAUAAUAAUAA